AUGGCAUCACAUACGACCGUUCAAAAUUUACAAGAUGAACAAAAUGAUCGCUUAAUUAUGUUGAAUAAAUUAAUUGAUACUGUUGCUACUGAUAUUGAACGUGUAGAAUAUUAUUCGAAACGUGCAAGAAUUUUAUUUAAUAUGAACAAAUGGAAUGGUAAAUUACUGUCAAGAUUAUAAUUGUUUAUAAGUAUGUCUUUUUUAGAUGUGUUGAACGAUAUACGUUUUUUGGAAAAAAACCAAGCAAUGAGUGAUGAUUUAUUAAUCAUUAAAUGGUAUGUUAAAUUUGUUUUGACAGUACAUUUAUAUGAAGUGUAAUGUUCAUUUUAAAGGAAAUCAACACUUUAUCAUGAGAUAAGUAAAGUUCGAAAAUAAAUGAAAGAGACACUUGGCGUAAAACGUAAGAAAACUUCAUUCUAUUAGAAUAUGCACUAUCUAGAUUUUUUUUUCCAUAGUAUUUGACAAUAGUGAACAUGUUGAUUUGUAUAUCAAUAACAGCGAAGAGAAUACUAAUGAACUUAUUAAUAGUAAGUUCAAAAAAUAGUUAUUAUAAUUGAGUAUUUAUUACAUGUUCCUUCUAGAAAAGCACACUAGAAAGAAUCAAUCAAUGUCAAAAAGAAAAAAAGAUUAAAAUUUAAAAUGUUAUGUUUUACUUUAUGAUUAAUGAUUGUUCUUUCUCGUGUUAAUCUGUAUAUCUAUUUACAGUUUUUUUUUGUUCAAACACUCAUGUAUUUAUUGUAAUUUGUGUUACUGCUGGACAUAAAUAUUUAAUUUCUUUGAUUGAAGGCAUCAUGAUAUCGCAAUCAACAUAAAUUAUAUAGGAAAGAAUAUCGAAAGGAAUAAAUAUGAAGACAAUAGCUUUGUUUAAGGAGAAGAAAAUUGAGUGAGACGAAGAAGAGAAAACGAUAUACAACAUUUUCUGUUGGAGCAAUAAUUUCGCUGAGACUUGUAAGACAACGAACUAUUAAAAGAUAGAUAGAAUGACAGAGGAAGUCACAUGGUAUUUAUGUGCCAUUGCUUUUCUUUGUUCGCAAGAUUGAAUAAAAUGAUGUUGAAUUUCAUGAUUUUCUAGUUGAUCCUAAGGUAAAAGAAAUCAAAUCAAUAAUGUCUUGAGUGAUAGAAAAUAUCUCUCAAUAGGAAACCGUUCUUGAAUCGCAACUACGAACUAUGAGUUGUUGUGGAGUUCAAAAUAAAAUUGUACACAUUAAGCAGAAUUUCAUACUUUCUAACUUCGAAUGUUAAUAACUUAACGUAUUCAAUUUGAUCAUUGAAUUUGAAGUGCGUUAGUCGUUAAAAGAAAGGGUUACAAUACAAACUGGGGUCCGAAUGCUCAGCUAACUAUUAAUAUUGACUGGUUAAAUGAUGUAUCAAUAAGUAAAUUUGAAUUUGAAUAGAUAUUUAGAUUUAUGGUUAUUCGUUUAUUAAUUGUUCAUGGUUCAACAAUAGAUUAGGUUUCAUCAAUUAUGAUCAAAUUAAUUUUCGUUCUAAUAUGUGUUAUAGAACUGCAUGCGUUUGAUAUUGAUUAUCGAACAAAUACAUUUUGUAUCUGAUUUAGCAUCAAAUACAAUUUAUAGUUGUGUUGAAAGAGCAAAUAGUUAUAUUAGAGUAAAGAAAUUUAAAUAAAACAGAUUUUAACUCUGACAGUGACACAGGCCUCGCAGCGGCACUACUUUCCUGAUUUUUUCCUGAUUUUUUUGAGAGAGUCCUGAUUCGUCCUGAUUUCAGCUAUUUUUCCUGAUUUUCCUGAUUUUUUCCCAUCGCUCGUCGAUUAUUAUGAAAGACUAG